AUGUCGCCGUCGCGCGUCGUCCCCCUAACAUUCGCGCGCGGUGCCAUCGAAAAAAUCGCGAAAUCGCGAUCGCGCCGCGCCGACGUCAAAAGCACGCGCGUCCUCGACGUCGCGUUGUUUUACUCGUACUUUAAGACGCUCGUGGGGAAGCCGGUGACGGUGGAGCUGAAGAACGAUCUCGCCAUCGCGGGCACGCUCGUGUCGGUGGAUCAAUACUUGAACAUUAAGCUCGAAAACACGCGGGUGACGGAUGAGGCGCGGUAUCCGCACAUGCGAAGCGUGAGGAAUUGUUUCAUUCGCGGGAGCGUCGUGCGAUACGUGCAGUUGCCGGAAGCGGCGGUCGACGUGGACAUUCUGCACGACGCCACGCGGCGCGAGGCGCGAGGGGCGUGA